AUGUCACCAAAUUCAGGCAAUCCAUGCCAAGCACCCGGGGCAGAAUCAGUCCCCGCCGACUCCAAAAUCAACCAUGAAGCCUCCAUCAACUACUGGAGCAGCUUACCAAGUACGAACAGUAACAUGCUAGGCAUGCUCGGUACAUAUCCGUGGUAUACACGAAUUGAACUCCAAGGAUCAAAAGCCUUCCUCACAAAAGUCCGGCGGUUAAUACCUGGUCUGCCCACGAGCGGUAAAUUCGCACUUGGGGCAGAUUGUGGUGCGGGAGUGGGGCGCGUUACGGAGGGCUUUUUAUCCCAUGUCUGUGAGGUUGUCGAUGCGGUAGAACCAGUCAAGAAAUUCACGGAUGUUUUGGCAAACAGUCAGCUCAAGACGGAUGGUGUUGUUGGAGAUAUAUACACCGUUGGUUUGGAGAAUUGGUAUCCGGAAGUUGAAGGAAAGAAAUACGACCUCAUCUGGACCCAGUGGUGUGUGGGUCAUUUGACGGAUGUGCAAUUGAUUGAUUAUAUCGUGCGAUGCCGGAGUUCGCUUGCUGAGAGUGGAUUGGUGGUUUUGAAGGAGAAUUUGUCUACGGAUCCUCAGGGGCUGGAUAUGUUUGAUGAGGAGGAUAGUAGUGUCACGCGUACCGACAAAAAGUUCAAGCAGAUAUUUGAGGCGGCGGGAAUGGAUGUCAUCAAGUCGGAGAUUCAGACGGGUUUUCCGAAGCAGUUUAAAUUGCUUCCGGUUAAAUCUUAUGCGCUGCGACCAAAGUCUUGA